AAAGCCCCGCCAUUGUACCCUAGUCCUCGCACAGUCGAACUUGCUUCUUCACUCCAAUAACCCCAAAGUCCCUAUAAAACAAGAUCCAUUUCAAACUCAGAAAAAUACCCAAAAAUUAUUGAAAACCCUAAAUCAGCAAACAAUUCGUUUAAGAAGGAAGAGAGCAAGUUGAAGUUCGAACAAGGUCAUCGAUGGCGGGUCUGAGCAGUGACCGUGAGCCAGUGAAAGUGGUGAUUAUCAAUACGCGUUACGUCGAAACUGAUCAAUUGAGCUUCAAAUCGGUUGUCCAGAGCCUUACUGGGAAGGAUUCCGGCGUUGCAUGCACGGUAGAGAAACCUUUUGUGGGUCAAAGGAAAAGAAAAUGUGGUGGCGGCAGUGGUGCUGGUGCUGGUGCUGGUUUGAGGUUAUGCAAGGAAGCAUCAUUUAAAGACUUGGAGAGGUCGUUGCUGGAGCUGCCGCCGAUGGAGGACUUGCCCAGUUUGUGGACUGAGUGACAGUGAUAAUCUUUUGUGGUGGAUACAUAUUGAGGUAGUUGCUUGUGUUUGUUUUUGUAUUUAAUAUGUAAACUCAAUUAUUAAAUUCUAGGAAGCACAUAUAUCAAACGAUAUGAUAAAAUUUUGAAAAAUAAAAUAAGAG